AUGGCGCCGUUAGAAGCAUUGUACGGUCGGAGGUGUAGGACACUUCUAUGUUGGUAUGAAUAUGGCGAUAGUGUUGUACUUGGACCGAAAAUUGUCCAGCAGACUACUGAUAAGGUGAAGUUCAUCCGAGAUAAAAUGAAAGCAUCACAAAGUAGGAAAAAAAUAUACCAUGAUAAGAGGAUAAAAGAUCUUGAAUUUAGGCAAGGUGAUCAUGUGUUCCUAAGAGUCAAUCUUGUGACUAGUAUCGUGCGUUUAGUGAAAUCAAAGAAACUUACUCCUAAGUUUAUCGGUUCGUAUCAGAUUUCUCAGAGAAUUGGAAAUAUGGUUUAUAAAGUGGCUUUGCCAAACGAUAUAUUGAAUUUGCAUGACGUGUUCCAUGUGUCACAAAUUCAGAAGUAUAAUCCUGAUCGGUCUCAUACUAUUCAAAUGGAUGAUGUGCAAGUGAGAGACAAUCUUACGGUAGAAGCAUUGUCUAUGAGGAUUGAUGACCGAGAGUUGAAGAAGCUGAGGGGCAGAAGAUUUAUCUAG